CACCAUGAGCCUUCCAACUGUCUUCCUCACUCUCUUAGUCUGUUUCAACACCUCGUUUUCCUCAUCUCUCUCGCCUCAUCCCAAGUCCGCUAAGAAGUCGGGCUGCUUCAAAGUCAACAACUGCAAAUGCAUCAUGAAGGAUGGGAGCGGGGUGAUAAACCUGAACGCUAUGGGAGAUGCAGAGGGUUUCCUGGGCCGUCUGAAGCCCGUGUCAGCAGAGAACAUGGCCGUCAGUACAGAGAUCCUCAUGUCCUUCAGUCCCUGCCAGCCCUUCUCACAGCCAGAGGACCAGACGGGAACUGACUGCACCAACGUCGCUGCAUGUCUCAUCAUCAGGUACCACAAGCUCAACAGAUACAUUAGCCGCUACAUGAACUAUGGGAGACAUGAAGGGAAUGAAUUCCACUACAAUGACACCCUGAAGACGCUGUCGGUCUCGUACUUCGUUCAUGACGAGAAGCCGCUGACAGUCGUGCACUACCACUGUAAUCCAAACCAGUCCACUUCUCUCAUCCGGGACCAGAGCUUCGGCACCGAGGAGCCCCUGCAGAUCUGGGUGGAGAGCCCCUGUGCUUGUCCAAAUGCCUGUGCCAUGGGAGAUCUGGGUGUAGGCACCAUCUUCCUCAUCAUCCUCUCUGUCAGUGCUGCUGCAUACUUCAUCCUUGGCUCCUGUGCUCUGAGGCCUUUUCGGAGCAGCAGUGGAGUCCAGAUCUCUCCGGAGCACAGUGUGUGGUGUAUGAUCUGCUACCUCUGUACUGAGAGCAGGCCAGCGAGAAGACACUACACAGACAUGACACACUGA